ACCCAGGAAGAAGAGUUUGAUGAAGAGGAAGGAGUGUUUGAAGAAGAGAUGGACGAUGAGGAGAUGGAUGAUGAGGAGAUGGAGGAGUUGGAUGAGGAAGAUGACGAUUUUGAUGAGGAGGAAGGCCUGACAGAGGAUGAAGAGGAGGAGGAAGGACUGAUGGAGGAGGAAGGGCUGCUGACCACCUUGCCCCAACGGAGUGAGGAAGAGCCACCUGUGCUGCUGCCAGGGAAAGAGGAACCCUCCAGGCUGAUGGAGGAAGAGGAGGAGGAAGGGGCUGCGGGGCUCCUGAUGGAGGUGGAGGAAGAAGCCUUCCACCCGGUUCAAGGGCUGGGGGAAGAAGAUGAGGUAGAGGAGGAGAACCUGCCUGGCCAGACUGCAGAGGACGACCAACUGGUGAAGGCAGAGGAGCCCUCCGUGCCCGUUGCCAGCCUGCCGUCCCUUCUGCCGCUGCUGCCUGUGGCGCAAGAGGCGCCCCCUCUGCCCAUCCCUGCUCUCGAACCUGAGGGGGAAGGGGAGCAGGAGGCUGGGGGCAAGAGGACCCACCAGGAGCAGGAGGGGGCUGCAGGCAGGGAGUCCGCCGUAGCAGUGGCAGGGGCUCCUCAGCCAGAGGAAGAGGAAGAAGAGCAGGGGGAGGCGCUUGCCGGGAGCAGCAGGUGCCCAGGAGAAGGAGGCGCAGAGGUCAGACUCGCGAGGGGAGAGCUGGAGAUCCCACUGCCGCUGGCGGAGGAAGUUGUUGAGGUCAAGGAGGAAGAGGAGGUUGCGCCAGUGGACGAGACGGAAUCCAUGUUGGCCGACUUUGUGGACUGCCCACCAGAUGAGGAGAAAGCCCUGCCGGACCCUUGACCCUGAGGAAGCCAUGUCAGCGGCGGAAGGGAGGAAGGAGGGGGUCCUUGUUUACUUUGGGGGUGGGUUGUGGGGUUGUUGUUGUUUUUUACAUUAAAGCCUUCAAUAAACUCUUUCCAUUUUC